AUGGACGAUGCCGGCGAAACCACAGCUUCGGGCUCGAAGGCGACAGCAUCGGCGGCUGACAGCAAACUAUUCACCGAGCGCGUUAGCGAUAGAAAAACGCUUCGCACAAGGUUCACGAAGAAGAUCAACGAAUUGGAGGCGAGCCUGAGUCACCUCGCAACAAGAGAAGAGAAAGCAGAACUCGUGGAUCGGGAGUGGGACCUCAUCGAAUCAGUCUACGAACAGAUUAAGAAGGAGGACGAAAUCAUCAACCCGCUCCUGCUCACGUGUUCUCCUGCACAGUUCGAUGACGCUAUGGAGCGAGUGUUCAAAUACGAAGACGAAUACUAUCGACUCUUCCAUGAAAUCAAGCGCGUCAGAUCAAAGAAGGAAGUGGCCUCAAUAUCAGGCGCGUCAGCGCCUCCGGUACAGUCAGUGUCCAGCACAGCAUCCCACAACCCGAUGAUGAAAUACUUCAAAGUUCCGAAGUUCUCCGGCGAUUACAAGAAGUUCCGCGAGUGGUGGCAAAUGUUCGAUGCUCAUGUUCACAAGAAGGCCAUCGAUCCAGUCGAGAAGUAUUCAUUACUGAAGCAGUCGUUGGAAGGCAGAGCAGCAGCAGAGAUCGCGCACCUUGAGUUCACAGCAGACCAGUACCAAGUCGCGAUGGACGCGAUAGCGGCGAAGUUUGGUUCAGCCAAAGAUGCCGAAAAGGAGCAUGUCCAGCAGCUUCAGAGACUCGUACUCACCAGGGAUCUUCACGUACAUGAUAAGUUCAUUAGUUUCGUCAGCGCGUUGUCCCAGAACGUCAAGGCCCUCAUCUCCUUGGGAAAAAAUUACGAUUCUCUCUCUCUCAUGUUAACGCCGAACAUUCUGAGUGCACUCCCCGUGCAAAU